AUGGUCGAGGUCAUAAGUGAUGAUAUCCACGAGGAAGAGCGCUUUUACUCGGAUCUUUCACCCCUCUCCAAAAAUAUCUACGAACGGACUGAAAAGGAGCUGCUAGAACAUCGAAGAAAUAAAUACGAAGAGCGUCAAAUAGUCCCUGACUCUUUGCUUCCAAGGCUGGGCGAGACUCAUUCGCUUACCAGCGACGAAGCCACUAUCAAACUAAACCGUCGCGCUGAUAUUGGAUAUUUUGUGUUCUCAUUAGACGUCCAAUUUUCAUUUGGAUUGGUCUUACCCCUCAUAUUGACCGAAAUGGAGGCGUCUAAAAUCAAAUUAAUGACCAAGGUAACGGUGACUCCAGGCAUCAUCGACUCAACAAACCUGCAGCUAGAAAAGAAUCCCAUUGAUAAGGGCUAUGGAAAUGCGAUGAGCCUUCCUCACGAACUCCGAUUAGAUAUUCUUGAUCUCGCCAUCCUAAAGCAAGAAUGGGAAGAAAGAGAUCCGUCUGAGUUUCUCGCCUACGUGUUUCCUAGGUCGGUUGGCGAUUUGAGUGGCUUUUAUUUCCCGUUGAGCCAGAACAUCCACUCUCUGCUGGUCAACAAACAGAUGCGUCAAGAUGCACUGCCAUUCGUAUAUCGAACGAUUGGUUUCCGUUGGGAUGAUAUAGAUAGUUUCAUCAAAUUUGCAAUCUCGAUCGGUGAAAUCGGCCGUAAUAACGUUGAAUCAUUGGAGCUCUUUUGGCUCAGCAGUAGCGACUCGGAGUUCAGGCCGAGCCCUGAAGAUAUUGACUUGCGCUUACCCGCUCUUCACGUUUUGAGAUGUGUCCAGCUACUGAAGUAG